AUGACCAACGCCACCAUUCAGGAAAUUGAAGGAAUAGACGACUAUUGGGGACCAGCAUUCAGAUCAGUGUAUGAAGGAGAGGGCGGACAUGAAGCUUUUGUUCAGCAGUUGGAUGAGAGAAUCAAGCAGCAUGAUAAGGAGAUUGAGAAAUUAUGCAAUUUCUAUUAUCAAGGCUUCAUAGACUCAAUUAGAGAGCUGUUACAAGUAAGGUCUCAUGCCGAAGAAUUACAUGCAGAGAUAUCUAAUGUUGACUCUAAUGUGAAGGAGACCUCUGAAAGUCUUUGUUCAAGGGCAGAAGAAUUAAUCAGGGCUCGCCGUGUGGAAUUGAACAUAGCAGCCACAAUUGAGAAGAUGGAAUUAUGUUUGCCGCUUUUGACAACAUACUCAAAAUUGAAAUCACAAGUAGAUGCUAAAAGAUAUUACCCAGCACUAAAAACUUUGGAGCAGUUGGAGCAUGUUUUGCUGCCUAGGGUGGGACCCUACAAAUGGUGUGCGAAGAUAUCGUCCGAUAUCCCUCGACUCCGGCAAUCUAUACAGGAUGCUUCUAUGGCUGACCUCAGGGAUUUCUUGGAGAAUAUCCGCAAGCUGAGUCCACAGGUUGGUGCUAUGGCUCUAAAACAAACACAGGACAUGCUAGGGAGGAGUCUCGCUAAUAUCGUAAAAAAUAAAAAAGAAUCCAUGUUGGGCGGCUUGGGCAAAGAGAACAUCGGUCCACAAUGCCCUCAUGAAUUGGUAGACUUCAGUCCUCUGCACAGAUGUCUCCAUAUUCAUAGUGUGCUUGGUGCUAAGAAUGAUUUCAUCCAGUAUUACAGAGCCCAGAGGAAACAACAAGCGCGUCUCGUCCUAAUCCCGGAGACUGGCAAUUUGCAUGACUCAAUUCAGGGCAUGAAGAGCUACCUAAGCGCGGUCCUAGGCUUCUUCAUCCUCGAGGAGCAUCUGCUCACCACAGGCGCCGGGCUGGUGUCCAAGGACUGGCUCCUGGACACGUGGAGUAUGUCUGUUACAAAAGUGGCUUCAACAUUGAGAACAAACACUUCACUGAUCACGGACCCAACUCUUAUGUUGAGCAUUAAACAUCAAAUUAUGUUGUUCAUCAACACUCUCAAGUGCUACGGUUUGCCAACCGAACCACUGCCGCUUCUGCUCCAAGAGAUGGCUGAGCACUACACAGAGGUGCUGAUGCAGCGAUGGGUGGUGGUGUUCAGGGACAUCCUGGACAACGCUUCCUUCUUGCCCAUCGAGGUAGAGAACCAGGAACAGUACGACGGCAUUAUGGACACGUUUCCCUACGACGGGGAUGAACUGGAGACCCAACCUUUCCCGAGAAAGUUCCCGUUCUCGAGCACCGUCCCCGCGGUGUACGUGCAGGUGAAGGAGUUCAUCUACGCGUGGCUGAAGUACUCCUCGGGGCUGGGGAUGGGCGGCUCGAGGCGGGCGGCCGCCGCCCGCCACUCGGCCUCGCUGCUGCUCAGCCGUUCGUUCACCGGCUGCCUCUCGGCGCUGUUCCGCCGCCCGCUGCCGCUGGUGCAGCUGGUGCAGAUCAUUGUAGACACGCAGUAUUUGGAGGAUGCCACUUCCUUCUUAUAUGAGUUCAUAAGCAACAUCACGGGCUCCGAACUUGUCACCACACAGGCCGCCGGAAGCAUGUUCCAGGCGGCGCGCGAUGACGCCGAACAGCAGAUCUGCACCAACCUGGAGAAGAAGGUGGACGAGUUCCUCGACCUGGAGAACUACGACUGGUUGCUUGUGGAACCCACCGGACAGGCGUCUUCUUUCGUCACGGACAUGCUGAGCUACCUCUCCGGAGUCCUCACUUCCCUGGAGCAGUUGCCCGACAGGGCCAGGGUGGCGGCGGUGCGCGCGGCGACGGGCCGCAUCGCGUCGCGGCUGCGCCACCUGCUGCUGGACCCGGCCGUGCGGCAGCUGUCGUCGGGGGCGCUGCACCAGCUCGACCUGGACGUGAUCCAGUGCGAGCAGUUCGCCGCCGGCGAGCCGGUGCCGGGGCUGCGCGAGGGCGAGCUGCUGGAGCACUUCGCCAGCCUGCGUCAGCUCCUAGACCUGAUAACGGGCUGGGACUGGUCGUCGUACCUCCACGACGUGGGCAUAGAGGGCGGCAAAUAUGCACUAGUCACGCCCCGCGACGCCGCCACGCUCCUCGAGAAGCUGAAGGAGGCCGAGCAAAAGUCCUCCGUCUUUUCCGUUCUGAAGAAGAACGAGAGGGACAGAAGGAAACUCCUCGACACCGUCCUCAAACAGCUGAAGCAGCUGCAGAAUCAAGACGGC